CUCUCCUUCGUUUUCUUUCUACCCAACCAUGGCUAAACGUUUUGCCCCUCCCUACUUCCCACUCUUUGCCAUUCCUUCCUCCGCCAGAUCAUGCCUCAUCGGAGCCAACCACACCUCCGCUCGUUUCUGCUCCCGUUAAGCCCCCAGUUAUCGUUACUCAAGCCUCUCCAAUCGCCUUUUUCUUAUUCUCUAAUUGAAUUUUAUUUUUUGUUUUCCCUGAAAACUGCCCCCCUCAGCUGCCAAUGCCAUGGAGCCCACCGCAGGCAAGCGAGGUUCUCUCAGGAAUUUUCUUGCCCGGUUGCUCCUCUUCGGCGUCUUCCUCCUGCUCCUAAGAUUCGCUUACGUCAUCACCAUCACUGGUGAUUCUUGCGGUUUCGGCUCCUUCUGUUUCUUUUCGCCCUCGGAGAAUGUCCAUUUUCUGGUCUCCGGUUAUGAUCACAGCACCAUCGGUGCUCGGGCUGUUCCAUCCAACAGAGCCGUUCGAUCCGCGCUGCGGCCGGAGCUGUAUAACAGCCGAGAAUGGAUCAAGGGAGCUCAGUUCUACUCUUCCGUUUUCCGUAAUCUGAUUUCCGAAGGCUACCUUACACCGGAGUCCAAAUCGUUGUGCGUGGACACGUCUACUGGAAGCGACGUCUUCACAUUGAAGGAGAAUGGCAUUUUGGAUUCCAUCGGAAUCUCCAAGAAAACCGGGAAGCUUCAUCGCUUACCGCUCGGAGAUAACACGUUUGACUUCGUCUUCUCCGGCGAAGGAGGGCUCGACAAAUCGGCACGGCCGUCGGAAUUUGCCUCUGAGAUUGCUCGGACGCUUAAACCCAAAGGGUUUGUGGUGUUCCAUGUAAGGGCAAACGAUAGUUACAGUUUCAAUUCAUUCCUUGAUUUGUUUAAUUGUUGCAGAGUAGUGAAAUCACGUGAUAUAGAUGGGUUUGAUUCCUCACUGCCUUGUGUCCGCGAAAUCGUUCUGAGGAAAGAGAGUGAUGGAAUUAUUGGUCAUGAAAAUGAGAAGCAGAAUUCCAAUGGCAAUUGCACUGUUUUAGGGUAUAAACAAGAAUUGGUCGCAAAGGCCGAGCCUCUGAUUGCUGAGGAGCCACUGAAACCUUGGAUAACAUUGAAGAGGAACAUAAAGAACGUCAAGUACCUGCCAUCAAUGGUUGAUAUCAGCUUUAAGAAUAGAUAUGUGUAUGUAGAUGUUGGAGCGCGAAGUUACGGCUCUAGUAUAGGAAGUUGGUUCAGGAAACAGUAUCCGAAACAGAACAAGACCUUCCAUGUCUAUGCAAUUGAAGCUGAUAAAACUUUUCAUCAAGAGUAUGGGUCGAAAAAGGGAAUCACGUUGUUACCUUACGCAGCUUGGGUGAAAAAUGAGACCUUAACCUUUGAAAUCCAUAGAGAGCCUGGUAAGCGAGAGGAAACUAAAGGUAGAGGAAUGGGUAGGAUUCAACCUCUGCAAUUUGCUGGUGACUAUGAUGGGGAAGCGGAGAAGAUCCAAGGGUUUGACUUUGCGGAAUGGUUGAAGAACACAGUUUCAAAGAAUGAUUUUGUUGUGAUGAAAAUGGACGUGGAAGGUGCUGAGUUUGAUCUGAUUCCCAGGUUAUUUGAGACUGGAGCUAUUUGUCUGGUAGAUGAGAUUUUUCUGGAAUGCCACUAUAAUAGGUGGCAGAGAUGUUGCCCUGGGCAGAGGAGUUCCAAGUAUGAGAAAACAUACGGACAGUGCUUGGCACUGUUUUAUUCUCUUAGACGAAGGGGAGUUCUGGUUCAUCAAUGGUGGUGAAAAUAUGAAAUCCUUUAACACGUUCAGAUGUUCUGUGCAACAUUUUUAUUUCCCUUUUACCUUCCACGCGCUUGUUUAGAGUUUUCCACUUUUAAAACCCACCAAAACAAAGAGAAUUGUCAUAUGCGUUUCAGUUUUCCAUUCAUUUCUACCAGUGCAAUCGAUAGAAUUAUA